AUGCACCUCAUAGGCCUGGAGCCUGGAAUUGCGGAAUCUAGACUGAUGCUAGAAUUGGCCUGGAGUCCACAGGAAUUUCUGAGGAUCCAGCAAGAUGGCAGAGGUAGAAAGAAGCAGCAGCUGACCUGCUGCAAGUUCACCUUCCGCGGCGUGGACCUGGACCAGCUGCUGGACAUGUCCUACGAACAGCUGACGGAGCUGUACAGUGUGCGCCAGCGGCGGCAGCUGAACCAGGGCUUGAGGCAGAAGCAGCACUUAAGGCUUCUCCAGCGCCUGCUUAAGGCCAAGGAGGAGGCUCCGCCUGUGGAAAAGCCGAAAGCGGUGAAGAUGCGCCUGCGGGACAUGAUCUUCCUGCACGAGAUGGUGGGCAACAUGGUGGGCUUCUGCAACUGCAAGACCUUCAGCCAGGUGGAGAUAAAGCCGGAGGUGACCGGCCACUACUUGGGUGAGUUCUCCAUCACCUACAAGCCCAUGAAGCACGGCUGGCCUGACAUUGGGGCCACCCACUCCUCCUGCUUCAUCCCCCUCAAGUAGUGGCUCUGGUAAUAAAGGCACACAGAUCUACACGCACACACACACCCCUGACAUUGGGGCCAGCCACUCCUCCCGCUUCAUCCCCAAGUAGUGGCUCUGCUAAUAAAGGCACACAGAUCACACACACACAGACACACACACACACACACACACACACACACACACAGCCUGGCGCGGUGGCUCACGCCUGUAAUCCCAGCACUUUGAGAACUUUGGGAGACCAAGGUGGGCGGAUCACGAGGUCAAGCGAUCGAGACCAUCCUGGCCAACAUGGUGAAACCCCGUCUCUACUAAAAAAUACAAAAAUUAGCUGGGUGUAGUGGCACGCGCCUGUAGCCCCAGUUACUCAGGAGGCUGAGGCAAGAGAAUUGCUUGAACCCAGGAGACGGAGAUUGCAGUGAGCCGAGAUUAUGCCACUGCAAUCCAGCCUGG